AUGUCGUCUCCGACUGCUGAAAAUAUUCAUGAACCAUUCAUUCGAAAAGCUAUUGAACUUUCAUUGUCUGCAUUCGAACAUGGAAAUUAUCCAUUUGGUGCUUGUCUUGUAUCAAAAGAUGGACAAGUAUUAUUGACGGCUGAAAAUACAAUGCGCACACCUUACAAUGAUGUCACUCGUCAUGCUGAAUUGAAUCUAAUUAGUAUGGCUUCACAAAAAUUUAGUCGAGACACUCUUGAACAAUGUACAUUAUAUAGUAGUUGUGAACCGUGUUUAAUGUGUACAGGUGCUAUAUUUUGGAGUGGCAUCCGACACAUAGUCUUUGGUCUUUCAAAUGAAACGUUAGGCAAAUACUCAGGUGAUGAUGGCCGUUUAUCUUGUCGAGAAUUUUUACCAGCACCAAAAUUCAUUGUUAUCGGUCCUAUACUUGAAGACGAAGCUGUCAAAAUUCAUCAAACCUUUUGGUGUCAAUUACAUUAA